CCGGUUGGUGGCCAUCGGUACAAAAGGUACAGAAAAACCCCUCUGCAACCUUCUCAAACUGAAAAACCCCAUUAAACAAAGUCAAAAACCCUAUGUAUCCAUCGUCUCCGUCAAAAUCCGCUCAAACCCUAGGGUUUCCUUGCUAGAGAUCGAUCGGGGUUCUCGGAUUGGGGGAAUAUAUGGACUCUGAUGAAGAGAUGCACGACUGCUACAGCGACGAGGAUGUCGGAUUUGGGAGCGAUGAUAAGGAUCUCGUCGAUGAUGAUGAUGAUUACGUCUACGGCGACGAGGAGUCGGAUGAUUCUGAUGAUCGCCCUUCUCAUCGGCAGCAAAACUAUACUGUUCUGAGUGAAGUUGACAUAGAGAAAUCCCAAGAAGAAGAUGUGGCUAGACUGUCAAAUGUGCUUUCUAUUUCAAGAGUUGAUUCGUGCGUCCUUCUUUGCCACUAUAAUUGGAAUGUCAGUAAGGUGCAUGAUGAAUGGUUUGCGGAUGAAGGAAAUGUGCGAAAGUCUGUUGGUUUGCUGGAGCAGCCAGUCAUAAUUCUGGAUGCGAGGGAAUUAACUUGCAGGAUAUGCUUUGAAAACUAUCCACGUCAUGAAAUGAGUUCAGUUGCCUGUGGCCAUCAAUUUUGCCAUGGAUGCUGGAGAGGUUAUAUUGGCACAUCAGUAAAUGAUGGCCCAGGUUGUCUGACGCUACGAUGCCCUGACCCAUCUUGUAAUGCUGCUGUUGGUCCAGACAUGAUCAGUAACUUUGUCUCUGAUGAGGAUAAAGAAAAGUAUUCACGUUACUUUCUCAGAUCUUACAUUGAGAGUAAAAGAAAGACAAAAUGGUGUCCUGCUCCUGGCUGUGAGUUUGCAGUAAAGUUGGACAUGAGCAAUUCAAACUAUGAUGUUUGCUGCAGAUGUACUUGUUCUUUUUGCUGGAAUUGCAUGGAAGAUGCUCAUCGCCCUGUGGUAUGUGAAACAGUGGCCAAGUGGACAUUGAAGAACAGUGCUGAGUCUGAGAACAUGAAUUGGAUAUUGGCUAAUUCUAAGGCCUGUCCAAAGUGUAAGCGACCUAUUGAGAAAAAUCAUGGUUGUAUGCAUAUGACAUGCUCAGCCCCUUGUAGAUUUGAGUUUUGCUGGUUAUGUCUUGGGGCGUGGUCAAACCACGGGGAGAGAACUGGCGGUUUUUAUGCUUGCAAUCGCUAUGAAGCGGCUAAGCAAGAGGGUCUUCUUGAUGAAGAUGAAAAGAGAAGAGAAAGGGCUAAAAACUCUCUCGAACGAUACACACACUAUUAUGAGCGAUGGGCAACCAAUCAGUUGUCAAGGAAAAAAGCACUUGCGGAGCUGCAGAAUAUAAAGAUUGGAAAGCUUGAGAAGCUUAGUAUAAAGCUAUGCCUUCCUGAAACGGAGCUCAAGUUCCUAGUUGAAGCAUGGGAGCAGAUAGUGGAGUGUAGGAGGGUACUUAAAUGGACAUAUGCCUACGGAUAUUACCUUCCUGAUACUGAAGAUGCAAAGAGGCAACUUUUUGAGUAUCUGCAAGGUGAGGCUGAAUCUGGUCUAGAACGGCUUCAUGCAUGUGCAGAGAAAGAACUUCAAUCUUACUUUGAUGCUGAGAAUCCUUCUGGAGACUCUCAGGAAUUUGUUGCAUUCCGCACUAAGCUAGUUGAUUUAACACGCAUAACACGGAACUAUUUUGAAAACCUGGUCCAUGCCUUUGAGACUGGGUUGAAGGAGGUAAAUUCCGCCGACAAUGAUCAGCAGGCUGCAUCCUCAUCGGAGUCCGAGAAUCAUAGCAGCAGCGGUGGUAGGAGUAAAGUAGCUACUAUCAGCUCGGUUUCCAUCUCUAUGACCGUCACGGAAGCAGACUAUGAAGACUGGAGGUGUAGUCACUGCACAUUUGUCAAUCCUAAGACUACUGAUACAUGUGGAGCUUGUGAAAACCACAUCUAGGGCUAAUAACAUCAGUCCAUGCAUAUUUAUGUGUCUUUUGAUGCUCGCGGCGUCUUUUGGUGGGAUAUAAGAGAAGCGUCUGUCAAUUUAGUAGGGUUUCAGGUUUUUAAGGGAGGCAUCAGCAGCAUGUCUUGUCUGCUUUAGUUUGUUAAUAAUAUUAAUAUCAAUGAAAUUGUAAGUUUCUGCUUCAUGCUGAAAGAAUGGAAAGGAAAAGAUGUACCUUUUCAUGAAGCUCUUUCUUUUGGCGACUUAAAAAAAAGGGUAAACGUUAUAUGUACAUAUAAAUCAUAGCUGUUUCUUGUUUGCACUCGUUUAUCAUUACAAAAUUUAGCGAGGAGUCCUGAAUAUUUCUUCUCA